GGGAGCGGCGGCUUCUCCUCGCCUCCCUCCUUCCCUUCCCUUCGCUCUCCGGCCUUGCCGCCCAGCCCGACAGGUAUGGCACUGACAGUGGAUGUGGUGGGGCCAGCGCCCUGGGGCUUCCGAAUCUCUGGGGGCAGGGACUUCCACACACCUAUCAUGGUGACCAAGGUAACUGAGCGGGGCAAGGCCGAGGCUGCUGACCUCCGGCCUGGUGACAUUAUUGUGUCCAUCAACGGUGAGAGUGCAAAGGACAUGCUUCACGCCGAGGCCCAGAGCAAGAUUCGCCAGAGCCCCUCACCCCUGAGGCUGCAGCUGGACCGGCCCCAGGCUGCCUCUCCCGGGCAGGCCAACGGGGAAAGCUCCCUGGAAGUGCUGGCCACUCGCUUCCAGCCCUGCUCUUCCAGGCCCCUCUCUCCACAGAGCUCCAGGAGGACACACACUGACAGCCAGGCCUCCCUCAGCCCCCGGCCAUGCAGCCCCUUCUUCACCCUGCCCCUGACCAGCCCCCAGGCUCCCACUGGAGAGGUGGUGACCAGCCACAGUUUCCAGAGCCUAGCAUACUCCCUGGAACCUGCUUCUGCUGACCACUUGGACUAUGCGGGCUGCCCUGGAAGCCGACAGGCCAGCCUCAGCCCUGCUGGCGACCCAGCGGUGCUGGUACUGCCGCCACCGCCCUCCCCGGGUCCCUGUUCCUCCAGCCCCAGGCUCAGUGUAGCCUCAGAAGGCGAAAGCCACCUCCUGAGAGAGGACUCAGAAGUCUUCAAAAUGCUGCAAGAAAACCGUGAGGCACGAAUGGCCCCCCGGCAGUCCAGCUCCUUCCGGCUCCUGCAGGAAGCCCUAGAAGCUGAGGAGAGAGGUGGAACACCUGCCUACCUGCCCAGCUCGCUGAGUCUGCAGUCCUCCCUGCCCACCUCCAGGGCUCUGGCCAGCCCACCCAAGCUCCACACGUGUGAGAAGUGCAACACCAGCAUCGCGAACCAGGCCGUCCGCAUCCAGGAGGGGCGGUACCGCCACCCUGGCUGCUACACCUGUGCUGACUGCGGGCUGAACCUGAAGAUGCGAGGGCACUUCUGGGUGGGGGACGAGCUGUACUGCGAGAAGCAUGCCCGCCAGCGCUACUCUGCAGCCCCCACCCUCAAUUCCCAGGCCUGAGCUCUCAGCCCACCCUCCACUCUGCGGGCACCUCCACGCCAGACCUGUGCCAAUAGCACACUGGCCUGGAAAGGUGAUGGGGAGCGACGUGAAGCCAGAGGCUGGGACCUGCCUGUGCUGCCGGUGAGGGCAGCCCACCUCCCCAGGCCUCUGCUGGAUACUAUUGCAUCCUCCUGAAGGACAGGCUUUGCAUUAAAACCCAAAGUGGGUGCUGCACUGGACAUCUUUGUGCACCAGGGAUUAAGCAGGUUGGGACAUGGAUAUAAGUGUCUAGAAGGAGAGGGGUGGGCCAGAGGCUACAGGUAUUCACUGUGUAAAG